AUGAAAAUCACUAAAGUAUUAUACCUCUUUGCUGCUUUGUUAGCAGUCAACUUCAUUGCUCCAAGCUUCUACAAUAAUGUUGUAGCAGGAAAGAAAGUUUCCGGUGGAUACAAAAAAUUAACCGAUGCUGAAAGAAAAAAGAGAAACCAAAAGAUCAUGAUGAUCUCCUCCAUUGCUUCUGGUAUUGCCGUACUCCUCGGUACUGCCUUAGGCUUAGGUCUCCACUACAAAAACAAAGGCGGAAACAGAAAGGGAACCCCAACCACCAGAAAAGAGCCAUUACUUGGUGGCUUGAACCAAAAACCACCUGCCAAAAACUAA